AUGUUUCUGAUUAUACUAUUUAUCGUACUUUUUAUUUAUAUCGUAUUUUUCAAAUUAUACGAUCGGCUUGCCUUUCAACAUGGUCGAUUGUCACGUCCACGUGAUCAGAUUUCCACCACGCCUAUAACACGAAUGGGUCGUGACCAGUUUAUCGAACUUUCUUUCGGUACUGUUCAUUACAUUUACCAUCCAUCUUCGUCGAAAUCAUUACCAUUGAAUGUUUUCGUUCAUGGCUAUUCGACACCAAUGGAAAUGUGGCAAGACAUUUUUCAAGCACUUGUGGAAGACGAUCAACCAUGUUUAGUUUAUGAUCUAUAUGGUCGUGGUUGGUCAGAUUCGCCUCAUGUUCCGAUGAACAUCGAUAUCUUUGUUUGCCAAUUGGCUGAACUACUGUACGCAUUAGAUCUUCCGUAUGAUAAACACAACCUCUAUGGUGUGAGUAUGGGCGGAGCAAUCAUACAACGUUUCACUGAGUUGUAUCCAUCGAAAGUGUCGAAACUUAUUCUUUGUUGUUCUGCUGGGCUUGGUUUAGUCAAACCGCCGAAAUACUACUUUUUUGUCUUGUCGAUUCCUUUUCUUGGCCCAGCACUUUUCAAAUAUGUUAUGCAACGUGGUAAUGAACAAAAAGAUCGUCUACAAUGGGCUUUUCCUGAUAGUGAUCAACAUCGAGAAUACAAACAAUUGUUUCGACUAGGUUGGCAACAACAUCCUGGAUAUUUACGAGCUUUACAUUCGACAUUAACUAAUUUCGAUUUUGAAGCUUCACUGUCGGCCACUCAAGCGAUUGCCAAAUUGAAUAUACCUAUCCUAAUAGUUUGGGGAGAUAACGAUACUUUAAUUCCUGUCGAAAAUGCCUAUCGUUAUCAUCAACUCUACAAAAAUUCGUCGUUGACUAUAAUUCCCGGUGCUACGCAUAUGCUAUUAAUUGAACAUUCGAAACCAAUUAUUGAUGCAAUACGAGUUUUUCUUCAAAAAUAA